AGCAUGCAGGACACUUUGCUCCAGUCUGCAGUAGAGAAGGGGCCUAAUUUUGCUCCCUUGGCUAAUGAGCUUAGCCCAUGCUGAGCAGCUUUUAGACCUGCAGGUUGUUGUUAUUGCGGGCACCGGUUAGUCCACAUUGGUUGGUGAGAGGAGCCAGAGCAGAGGAGUGAAUCUGAGAAGAGGUGUAGUGCAGCAAAAGCUUGAGCACUCCUCUGUUUGCCUGUCAGGACCACCACUGCUUAUGCUGGUACUGCGGCUGGGACAUCUUUCUCUCUCCCCCUCCCUCCCUCUAUCCUGCUUCUCUCUAAUACUACCUGACUCACCUCUCCCUCCCUCUCUGCCUGUCCCGGGGCACUGACGGAGUACUUUUGUAGCUGCAUCACUUCUCGGUCAGCUGUUCUGUCUUCCCGUGUCUUUCACUUCUUUUCUGUCUUAAACUCUCACCUGACUCUGUUGCCAAAAUGUACCGGAAUCCAUGGAUCUCGAAUUACCUGAGUCACGUCAAGUUCUGCAGCCAAGGAAUUGGGAGUGAGAACCCCAUUAAACUAAGCAAUCCCAGAUUGCUACAGAAGAGAGCAUUGAGCUUCCAGAAAGAAUUCUCCUGUGACGAAAAGGACGACCCAGCCAAAAGCGCCAAGGAUAUAGAUGUUAGUCUCUUAGCCAAUCUCCCCAAAGUCUCUGAAUUGAGGAAACUAUUUGAGGGCAUUACCACAAGCACAAGUGACUUGGAAAUGAACAGAAAGGAGCGCAUUGCUCGGCGCUUGGAGGGUAUAGAGGGUGAAGUACAUCCGUCUCUGCUGCCUACCUUGGUGGCCAACCGGCUUCUGGAGGAGGACACUCCACGAUACACUAGGGCCUCUGACCCCUGUGCUGUUACCGUUCAGCGUUAUGGCAUGGAGGGAUUUGAAAACCCAGAAAUGCAGUUGAUGGCUCCAGAGCGCCAGUCCAGAGCUCGAUGCAGGCCUGAGCCUCAGUCCUUCAUCCACACUGAGCCAGUUCACAUUUCGGGUCCGACCAAAGGUGUUCCUGAGUUGGAGUCCAAGGCUGAACGCAUCGCCCGCUACAAGGCAGAGCGGCGCCGGCAGCUGGCCGAACGCUACGGCAUCUCUUUGGAUCAGGAACCCGACUUGGACCAUCACUCCCGCUACCCCCGCUCUCACAAAGAGUCGGACUGCUCAGAGAGGCGUAAUAGAGGGGAGCUGGUGGGAGAGGAAGGCAGAGAUAUCACCCUAAGUGCUUACACCAGUACCUUAGCUACUAGCCCAAGGGCAGGCCGUUCAGCUCCGCCACACGGCUACCCGGACCCAGGCUGUGAUAUUGGUCACACCAGGGUGGAGUUGUUCUCAGAGAGGGAGAGGCUGAUGAACCUGGAGAAUCAGCGCAGGGCCGCUCCGCCUGAGCCUCCAUCCUCCUCUUCAUACAUGGAUGUGACAUCAUCGUCCUCCUCUGCUAAGGUGCCUGCAAAAGACUACACAGUGACUGGCAUACCACCCAGUUCACCCAAGCAAGGCAGGCACCCCUCGCUCUCCUCGCCUAAACAUGGUGCGUCUCCUGGUGACCUAUUCAUUGAGCAGCAGGCCCAGAACGUCCUCAGCAGACAGGGUGCAAAGACGAAACUUAGUACUGAUUGGUUCCUCCAGACUGAUGCUGAAGGCGACACCCACUCCCUCAUCAACUGGCCUUCAAGAAUCAGAGUUAGGGAGAGGCUUGUCAGGGAGGAGGGCCGCCAGAAGAGCCCAGAGUUCGGAAAUGUUACAGAAGGCCUAGUGUACCGCAGACAGUUUCAGCACCAGCCCCAGGCUUCUACACGCUACCACGCAGACCCACUAGGCCCACAGCAGGCCUACUCCCACCAUCAUCCACAAGUUCAGCACAGCCAGUCCGGUCCACAGGGAGGGCAAGAAGUUGGCAAUUACCCCAGUUAUUUGUCCAUGACCUCUGGUCCUACAUCCAGAACUGGGCAGCAGCAACAGCAGGUGGAAGAGGAAGAAGCUGGUGAGGCUGAGGCGGUCAAGACAGAGGGCCUUCUGAGGAGCAGAAAAGCAGUCUUGCCUUCACAGAUCUGGCGCAGAGAGAGGAGCACUGAAGACCCAUGGAGAGGGCGAGGUGAGGAGGAGCUGGUCGUGUACAGGAUGCAAAGAGAGGCUGAGGCAGAGGAACCUGUUAGAGGGGGACUUGGAGGCAGACCUAGACGGGAGGAAGCAGAGUAUACCUCCUGUCUGCAGGCGGCAGAGCGCCGACCCAGGGAGCGGGAAAACGCUGAUCGUGCCCACAAAAGACCGUCUGCGACCCACAUUGAGCCCAGAACAUCUCACACAGGGCCAGGAAGUUCCAGCUCCACCACAGCUCUGAGCCGAUCCGUGUCUGAUGCUGGAAAUCAGCGAGGACCCAAUCAGAGGACCUUGCAACACCAAACCAAGGAACCCCAGGAGGUCAGAGAAGGAGAAAGUUUGAGUAAUGGAGAGAGUCACCAGGACACCAGGGUGUCUGUUGCACAGCUCAGACAUUCCUACAUGGAGAGCACCGCCACUCCUCCAACCAGCCGCAGGAAUGAGCUUGAAAUGGAGGAGUGCAGGGCACUGACGGGCUACGAGGCCCCGUGGAGAGGGGAAAGGGACAGGGGGCGCAGGCCCCGGCAGUAUAUCUAUCCUGGGGAGAGUAGAAAGACCUCUGAGAGGUUUAGGACACAGCCCAUCACUUCUGCUGAGCGCCAUGAGACUGAUAGGUCUUGUGUGAGUUCAGACUUUGCUUCUACUGAAGCUGAUGAAGAGAAGCUAGAUGAACGGGCCAAGCUGAGCGUCGCAGCUAAGCGCUCUCUCUUCAGGGAACUGGAGAAGAGCGUCGAUGGCGGAGCUCCUAAACUGCGGUCCAGGAAUGCCGCUGUGGACAGGAGACUAAGACGGACACAAGAUCGAUCCAGAACUCAGCCGGUCACAACUGAGGAAGUAGUCAUCGCAGCCACCGCCCCAUCUCACGUGCCACAAAUGGUGUCCGCUCUUGCUGCCGUAGCACGCGUCCCUAGCCCCACCCUAGUUUACAGCACUGUCCCACCAUACAGCCUGCAGGCAUCCUCACAGCAAAGUGCUGUUGCCCACGAGCAAGUGAGGGAGGCCCGGCGGGCGCAGGACACCAAGGAGAUCCGGGGCCCGACGCAGACGUCAUCACUAAAAGAAAAAGAUACAAAGCGGAGCGAGUCUCAGGAGGAGCCUGACCUCUGCACCCUCAGCUUGGCUGAAAAGAUGGCGCUGUUCAACCGGCUGGCUCAGCCCCCAACCAGGGUCACCCACACAAGAGGGGACACGCGGCAGCGGAGGGCCAACGCUCGCUACCAGACACAGCCCAUCACACUGGGAGAUAUGGAACAGGAGCUCUCAGACGUAGACCUCAGUGAUGAGCAGGAGCUGUGUGACAGUCUGGUAGAAGACCUACAACUUCAAAACGGCACAGGCUCUCGGUUUGGACACCACCUAUCUUCCUCGUCUUCCUCUGCACUCAGAGCAGGCGGGACGGUGUCCAGUGACCACGCCGGAGACAUCCACAGUGGAUGGGAUUAUUUCGACCUGCUGGAAUCCACUGUGGUAACAUCCAGAGCAGCAUCUGGCUUCCCCGAAGCAGCAGACCCGCACACAGACAGCAACGCACACCCAGCUGGCCCGGUGCAACCUGAGCAGGGAGACGAACUGAGCGACAGGAUGAUGGCCCGACACAUGUCCAUCAGAGAGAGAGUCGCCUUGUUAAAGAAGAGUGGCGAGGAGGACUGGAGGAACAGGAUCAAUAAGAAGCAGGAUGUGGUGAAGAUUGCUGCAGCAGAGCAGAACGCUCAACUCUGGGAGGUGGAGCAGAGCUUCAAGAAGAAGGAUGAUGAAGCGAUGAUGAUGAUUGACGAGUUUGCUGUGUCCGACCAGCUUUGGGAGCCAGUGUUUGCUGCUACUUUCUCUACUCCUCCUGAGCCUCCUUCCAAUGCAACCGAAUCAGCCAGCCAGGCCAUCAGAUCUCGCAGACCCGUGCAGGUGGAUGAAAAACACCCCUGGAGACGAAAGAGGUUAGCAGAGGCAGAGAUGGAGUCUCAGAGGAUCGAGGCUCACAUGUCCAUUGAGGAGAGGAAGCAGCUGAUCGUGGCCCGAGAGGAAUCCUGGAAGUCCAAAGGCCACGGAGCUGCCAAUGACUCGACCCAGUUCACUGUGGCUGCACGCAUGGUGAAGAAAGGUCUGGCCCCCCCUGCUGCUCUUCAGAAUCCUGUGCCGUCCAAACCCAAGAAUGGCAACAUUGCCAUCUCUAAACCACAGGAUGAAAUCAAGGCCAUGCCAGAUCUGAACCUGGAGUCAGACAUGAAGCUGGAUAAAUUGGAGUCAUUCCUGGGCAAGCUCAACAAUAAAAUGUCUGGACUGCCAGAAGCAACCAUCACAGUGACGGAAAAGAAGGUAAAGGAAGUGAUGACCCUCGAAGACGAAACUUUUUCCAAGUUCUACCGCCAAGUGGAGGAACUUCCUUCCGUCACCAACAAGCUGGAGAUAGAUGACGACUUUGAUGCCAUCUUCGGUCCGCAGGUGCCAAAGCUGACCUCAGAGAUGGUACAGCACAAGCGGGCGGUGCGCCCAGCACGUAACGUCCAGUCAUCCAGGAACCCUCUAAAGAUGCUGGCUGCCAGGGAGGACAUCAGACACGAGUACACGGAGCAGAGGCUCAACAUCGGCCUGCUGGAGAGCAAAAGGAUGAAGGCUGAGAAGAUGAAUAAGAACUCUGGUUUCUCUGAAGUGGCUCUCGCCGGUCUGGCCAGCAAGGAGAACUUCAGCAGUGUCAACCUGCGCAGCGUCAACAUCUCAGAGCAGAUGUCCAACAACAGCGCUGUGCCUUACAAGAAACUAAUGCUGUUGCAGGUCAAAGGCCGCCGGCACAUCCAGACGCGACUGGUGGAGCCGCGAGCAUCCUCCCUGAAUAGCGGCGACUGUUUCCUGCUCAUCACGCCACAACACUGCUUCAUCUGGAUCGGAGAGUUUGCCAAUGUUAUUGAGAAGAGCAAGGUGGGUUACGACUCAGAGCGCUGCAAAGCAGUGAUUACAAAACGGCUUAUUGUUGGUAUGCUUAGAUUUGAGUACAGUAUACUUACUGUUUGGGAAUUUACACACUUGUGGAAUGGCACCUUUGACUAUACAAACUGUGACAUCAACCCACUGGACCCAGGAGAGUGUAACCCACUCAUACCCAAAAAAGGCCAGGGUCGCCCUGACUGGGCAGUGUUUGGCAGACUGACUCAACACAAUGAGACCACCCUGUUCAAAGAAAAGUUCCUGGACUGGAGCGACUCCAGGAAAACUCCCAGUCCUACAAAAAACAGCAGCGAUCACAGUACUGAUCAAAAGGAGCAGCCCACCCGUGAUCAGCCCAGUGCGUGCAAUGCCUCACUGAUGCUGACCCUCCAUCAGACACCCGUCUGCACCAUUCUGGAUGGCUUCAAUGUGGGCCGGGGCUACGGCCUGGUGGAGGCAGAGGAGUGGCGCAGCUACGAGAUCAGCACUCUGGCAGUGGAGGUCUGGCACAUCCUGGAGUUCGACUACAGCCGCCUGCCGCGCCAGAGCAUUGGCCAGUUCCACGAGGGUGACACCUAUGUAGUGAAGUGGAAAUACAUGGUCAGCACUGCUGUUGGGAAGAGACAGAACCCGGAGCAGCUGAAGACGACAGGAGCGGGGAAGGAAAAGUGCUGCUACUUCUUCUGGCAGGGCCGCAACUCCACCGUCAGCGAGAAAGGAACAUCAGCACUCAUGACGGUGGAGCUGGAUGAAGAGCGCGGAGCACAGGUUCAAGUCCAGCAGGGAAAGGAGCCUCCAUGUUUCCUGCAGUGCUUCAAGGGAGGGAUGGUCAUCCACUCAGGAAAGAGGGAAGAGGAGGAGGAAAAUUCGCAGAAUGAUUGGCGUCUGUACUGUGUGCGUGGGGAGGUGGAGGUAGAGGGCCAUCUGCUGGAGGUCGCCUGUCACUGCAGCAGCCUGCGCUCAAGAGUCUCCAUGGUGCUGCUGAGCAUCAGCCAGGCCCUCAUCUACCUGUGGCAUGGCUGCAAGUCUCAGGUGCACACGCGGGAGGUGGCGCGCACUGCUGCCAAUAAGAUCAAAGAACAUUGUCCUCUGGAAGCCGGCCUUCACAGCAGCAGCAAGGUCACCAUCCAGGAAUGUGAUGAGGGAGCAGAGCCCACGGGCUUCUGGGAAGCCCUCGGGAGGCGGGACAGGAAAGCCUACGACUGCAUGCUGCAAGAUCCAGGCAGAUUUAAUUUCACACCUCAUCUGUACCAGCUGAGCAGCAGUUCAGGAGAGUUUGCAGCUGUGGAAUUUCUCUAUCCCGCCAGAGAUCCCAAGCAGGUCAACUCCAUGCCCUUCCUACAGGAGGACCUGUAUGCAGCUUCCCAACCAGCCCUGUUCCUGGUGGACAACCACCAUGAGGUGUACCUGUGGCAGGGCUGGUGGCCUCAGGACAGUGAAAGCACUGGCUCGGCCCGAAUCCGCUGGGACUCGGACAGGAAGUGUGCCAUGGAGACGGUUCUGCAGUACUGCAGAGAAAAGAAUGAGAAGAAGCCUCCCAAAGCAUAUUUGAUCCACGCUGGUCUGGAGCCACUCACCUUCACAAACAUGUUCCCCAGCUGGGAGCACAGAGAGGACAUCGCUGAGAUCACUGAGAGGGAGGCAGAAAUUUAUCAUCAGAUUAUUCUGGUGGAGGAUGUGUUGGCCCGGCUCUGUAAGACCACAUAUCCGCUGGCCGAUCUCCUAGCUCGGCCGCUGCCUGAGGGAGUGGAUCCCCUCCGCCUGGAGGUCUACUUGUCUGAUGAGGACUUCCAGGGUGUGGGGGCUUAUGGGAAGAGAGCCCUGGAGAUGAGCAAAGAGGAGUUCGGCGCGCUGCCCGGCUGGAAGCAGAUGAACUUGAAGAAAGCCAAGGGACUUUUCUGAAUGAUGAAAAACUGGGCGCUGCUGAUGUCAUCAGAAAACUCAGACUCCAAGGGUGGGGCUGCCUGGAUGUGUGGGGAAAAGAUGCUCCAGUGUUUUGGUUGUAGGAGAUGAUUGUGAGUGGAUGCAUGUUUUAAUGGCAGUCAUGUAAAUUCCCACUCUGUUAAUGUAUGUACUUGUGUACUUUGAGCAGGAGCACCUUACACUGUCAGCCUUGCAGCCAUGUUGGUGUCGGCAGGUCUGUCAGCCUGCUAAACUCCCUCCACAUGAUACUCUCUGCUAUGUAUGUUUGUGCAUUAAAAAUAAAUUAUAUUUAUAUUACAUCCAUGUAGAAUGUUUUUUAAAAAAAAGAAAAAUCUUAACAGAUAUUGAAAACCUAACAAAAUAAAGUGUAUAAUAAAUGUUGCAGAGGUUUGUGUCUCAUGUUCCAGCUGUACAGAUCACCAUUUGCUGUUUACUGAUCAAAUGAAGCUCUUGAUAUGAAUGACGGUGUCAUUACUGUGGGACAGAUACAGACUUGAUUAAAGGCAAACAAAGAAUGAUGAUGAAAUGUUUGAUUUUUAAUUCUUUCAGUGUAUAGUGCCUUGCUUUGUGUACAGUUUAUAUACAGAUCCUAGUCUGCAUUUUGGAGACUGUUUUGUGAUAUAAAGAUGUAUUCUAGAAAUAAACCUGGAAAGUUUGAUAUCUGAA